AUGACGUCGUCUGCGCCUGGGCAGUAUCCCGCGCCGGCGCCGGAAGAAGCACAGCACCACCAGCCGGCGCGCCACGAGGAUCGCAUACGCAGAAACGUAGCGUGCGUCAACUGCCGGAACUCAAAGGUAAUUCGUUAUUGCUUCGCGACACGCCGCGGGUGCACGCAGGUUUUUGCUGACCGUCGCGUUGUAACGAGCUCGGUGGCCGGCAACCCCUGCCAGCGGUGUGCCAAGCUGGAGAUACCCUGUGUUGUUGAUAAGUCUCAUAAGAGGGUUACGAGACGGAGUAAGCUGGAGCAACUGGAGCAAGAGCUGAAAAGCAUCAAGCAGGCUGUGAACACCAAAGCUGGUGGUGGUGAAGGGUCAAUACCUCCUCCGAGCCCGGUGGUGAACCUGUACGUCUCCCCGACGGAGCCUCGGGGUGACUCCAUUGUCGUUACUUCACAAGAGACGGAUACGUCUCCUGAGAAGGAGGCCACGUCGGUUAGGGUAUCAGAUAGGCCUCUCAAGGCCACACCAACGAAACCGCGGACGAUUGGCGCCAAGGUGGUGGAUGGGGUAGAGAUCGAUCACUAUUUCGACAGAUACCUGCAGCACUUCCAUGCUUUCCUCCCGGUGCUCCGAAAGAAGGACCCGGACGAGUGUUAUGAAGAAUGCCCGGUCUUGUUCUGGAUUGUCAUUCUGACGGCAUGCCGGCGCUAUUGCCUGGACGAGCAACUUCACUCUACUCUGGUUGAGUCGAUCUCCAAGGACAUCUGGGCUCUCGUGUCGAGUCCCGUUAUGAACCUCGAGGCCGUUCACGCUCUGCUCCUGAUAUGUGUCUACCCUCUGCCUACAAUUCGCUUUGCAACGGAUCCCUCCACAACGUUUGCAACCCUUGCGCUGCAUUUUUGCACGCAGCUCGGUUUGCACACGGGGAGGGGAUCACAUAGUGAGUUUUGUGCCGGGCAGAGGCAGCAUAUCUCGUGUACCAGCGAGGAAGCAUCGGUCACCUGGCUCUCGGCUUGCAUACUCGCGGAACGAUGUGCCUCGAGCAUGGGUCUUCCUCCGCCCUCUAUCCAGCUCAACGACGGACCAGCCCGGCAGGCUCUCAGCUCCCCUCAGUGGUCGGAUGUGAUUGCCAUGUUCGAGAUCCAGAAAUUCCUAAACCGCAUGCACCUAUCAAUGGCUGCGUACAUCACGUCAAACGGGUCAGUCGGGGAGAGCAUAGUGGCAAACUGGGAAGACGACUUCGAGUCCCUCCAGGCCCUCGUCAUCGCCGACUCGGAGGUCUCCCGGUUCAUGCUCCUGGCCGCCAAGCUGGAGAUCCAGGUCUACUACUUCUCCUACCCGGCGGACCGGCCGGGCCCCAACCUCAACCUCAACUUCUGCCGCACCUUUGGCACGACCAAGUCCAUGGUACAGACGGCCCUCGCCCUCGACGACUCGCCCAGCAAGUUCCUCGCCCACUCCCCCCACUGGGUCUUCCGCUCCAUCAUCGACGCCGCCUCCUUCAUCAUCGUCGCCCUCCACUCCCACAAGCCCCCCGUCACCGUCUCCUCGCUGUCCCGGCACUCCGAGACCUCGUUGGUCGAGCAGGCCAAGGCGGCCGUCUUCAGGUGCUCGGUCCGGGACGGCGACCUCCCCUGCAGGGGGGGCAGCCACUUCGACGCCUUCUGGACCGCCAGGGACAUGAUCCCCAAGAUCGAGCCGGCCGUGCGGACGUGGCCGAACCGCCUGGGCGCGGGGCUCAUCUUCUGGUGCUUCUCGCGGUUCACUACCGGCCUCAAGCAGGCCAAGGAACAAUCCGAUAGCGCGGUGAGGGCUGCUGCGCAGACCACAGAGCCCGUAGGAUCUGGUGAGGUGGCUGCCGUCGCUGCGGUGCCGUCGGCCACGGAGUCGACCAUGUUGGCGGCCGACGCAUUCCAGGAUAUAGACCUGUCGAUGUUCCUGGACGAUUUUGGGUGGAAUGGCGGGGAUGAGACGGUGUUCAUGGGUCUUCCAUGA